AUGCCACGAAAAGGCCAAACAGACAGACACUGCAUCAAGUACGAGGCACUGGACAACAGUCUUCAAAACAUACACACUGUUCUCAGUGUAUGUGAGCUGGAACAAAGGGAGGUAAUCACGCAACAGGUGCUGGCCCUGGUAUGGACAGUUCAAGGGAUCAGAGAGUCCAUCAUUGAAGAUUCACUCUCUGUCUUGGCAUCACCAUCAACAGACGCAAUCAUGAACAUCUCAUGUGAGCCUACAGAACAUACGUUAAUACCAUCACAACGACCGACUAUAAUUGUGUCGCUACCUUCACCAGAAGCUGCAACAGACACAUCGCUUGCGUCACCAGAAGCUGCAACAGACACGUCACUACCGUCACCAGAAACUGCAACAGACACGUCACUCGCGUCACCAGAAGCUGCAACAGACACGUCACUACCGUCACCAGAAGCUGCAACAGACACGUCACUACCGUCUCCAGAAGCUGCAACAGACACGUCACUACCGUCACCAGAAGCUGCAACAGACACGUCACUACCGUCACCAGAAGCUGCAACAGACACGUCACUACCGUCACCAGAAGCUCUGCAACUGACACAGACACCGUCUCCAGAAGCUGCAACAGCCACGUCACUACCGUCACCAGAAGCUGCAACUGACACAUCACUUACGUCACAAGCUGCAACAGACACCUCGCUACCAUCAUCAGAAGCUGCAACAGACACCUCGCUACCAUCACCAGAAGCUGCAACAGACACAUCACUUACGUCAGAAGCUGCACCAGACACCUCGCUACCAUCAUCAGAAGCUGCAACAGACACCUCGCUACCAUCAUCAGAAGCUGCAACAGACACAUCGCUACCAUCACCAGAAGCUGCAACAGACACAUCGCUUACGUCACAACAAGCUGCAACAGACACGUCACUACUAUCACCAGAAGUUGCAACAAGGACAUCACUACCAUCACCAGCCAACAGGAUUUCAUCCCUGUGUCCAUCACUGGAUUCUGACCUGGAACCAUCAGUCAGCUCACCACCAUCAACAUCCAAAGGAGACCAUGCCACACUUGUCAAUACAGCCCCACUGACACCAGUAUCUAACCACACGGCAUCUACUUCAACUCCAUUGACACCUACUACUGGGAUUCUGCCAUUCUUCAAGCUUGCUGGUCAGAAAAUCGCUAGUCUGAAUCAGAGAUCUUCACCAUGCAAGAACACAUGUGCAUAUCACGCUCAUAGACAAAAAGGCUUUAAGUUUCAACUUACCCAUCAGAACAGAACAGAUAACCCAACAGACAACACUGCGAAACAGAUUCCCAUGAACGAACGGGUGACUCUUCCUCCAAGGCAGACAACAGAUGAGGUGACCAUGCAGCCGUCAACUCCACCACCUUCUGUCCUGACCUGCAAACCUUUUCUCUGUGCAAGUAGCUUCACUCCAAACAAAGCCCCAGUGACUGAAAUCUCGCAACAGACGUCCGUCAAAAGAGGUGUUCUGAAAUCCAGUCACAAUCCAGAAACACAUCAGUCACAAACAUUGCUAACAUGGAAGGCAUCCUUUUUGAAGACACACUCACCAAAGCCAAAGAUGUUGAAGAAGGUAAAACCCUUCCAGCUGACCCCAGACACAAGAACAGAUUCAUGGAGGAAACUGCCAGAAACAGAACCUGCUCCUGUGCAGAAGGUAAUCAAAUCUAAUGAGAAGACUGUCCCACAGGUGAAAGACAGGGACAGACUCAGCAACAGGUCAAUUGAAGAAUUGUCCAAGACAAGAAGCACAUCUUCCUUACAACCUUGGAGGUCGUCAAGCAAAUCCAAGUCACUUCUGCAACCCUUCAUGACCUUACCUCUAUCUCAGUCUCCGCCAGCUUUAUGCUCUCUCCUAUUGUCACGAGCGGUUGCACACCCAGGGUCAUGUAGGGAUCCAGAGGGCAUACAGGAAAGAACAAGAAAUGCUAACAUUUUUAUGAUGAAUGAAUCAGAGGAGGGAGAGGACAGUUUUGGCAGCGAGUUCUGGGACUUACGGACAGCCAUGUCAGAGUCACACAACGAGGAUAUUGUGACAUACAUCGGGGAAGGAAAUACCAAGCCUGAUGUACUUCCAGCCAAGCUGAAUCUUCCUCAGUCAGAACAUUUGGUGUCGCAUGCAUCACCAUCUUUUGAGAGUGCUAAAGGAAAACUUUUUUACAACGAAAACAAAAAUGUUCCCCUGAAAAAACGCUUCAACCCAAAUUUCAGCGAAACAUCAAAACAUGAUAGUCCAUACAAGAGCUCUGUGUUCCAUGGGAAGCCAGGCACUCCAAAUGAGAAGCAGAUCACCCCCAAACAGAAAUCUAGAGCCAAUGGAGAGCUAUACACUCAAAAAACAAAACCUAUAGUCCAUGGGAAGGCGUACACUCCAAAAACAAAACCUAUAGUCAAGGGGAAGCCGUACACUCCAAAAACAAAACUUAGAGCCCAUGGGAAGCAGCAGGUCACCCCUCACAGAAGGAGCCUAAAGGAGAGAAAAUCAUACAUUGAAGAGACUUCACGGACAUCAAGGGCACGGCAGCCAAUGCAGAGUGCCAGUAUGGAGGAGGAGUUGGUGCAGCAACUGGAGGAGAUCCUCACAGCCUUCAUGGCAGGAAGAAAGCAGGCCACCACGAAGAUGCUGCCCCCUGAUAAACAGAACCAGCUAAGGGAUGAACAUGCAAAACAAAUUGUGACCUCUUAUUAUAGUCUGUGUCUAGACGACUUGUCCAUCUCCUUGUAG